CCCUGUCUGAGGAGGCUGUGGACAGAGCCCCUAUUGUUCCCAGCCCACUCCUGCCUAAUAUGGAAUUCGCAAGGAAACCAAUGAUUUCCUGACACUGACGAUGAGUAGCCGCGUAGGGGCGAAUGUGGAAAGCUGUUCGGAGUAUGAAGGAAUUAAACCGGAGUCCCAGCCACUGUUUUUGAAACGGUUUUGUAGUCGGAUCAGGAAAAUGUAAAAUAUCGGAAUGCAAGUUGUAGGAGUUAUAGUGAGUUUUCUUGAAACUGCUGUCGAUGGCGAGGGAUUGUUUUGGAAGCGCGAGCUAAAGCGUGGGUCACCUACUAGACGGACUUGCCUGCGCCGCGUACGACACGCUAACUCGUGUUUCAACUGGUCAGACGAAGACUGACGUCUUAAAAACUGGUAUUUCUAGUCGACCGAAUACUUGAUUACCUGUGGAGGAUAUAGUUUCUGGACUUGUCCAACUAUCAUGCCUACUCUCAGCUCGAAAAGUAGACAGAACGCAGCGGGAGCGGUUGAGGAGGGAGGCAGUAACAGCGAUCCUCUCGACACCUCGGCCAAAAAGAUGUUGAAAUGUGUUGUGGUCGGCGAUGGAGCUGUGGGAAAAACCUGUUUGCUGAUGAGUUACGCCAACGAUGCUUUUCCCGAGGAAUAUUUACCAACUGUUUUCGAUCACUAUGCAGUGAAUGUAACAGUAUCUGGGAGGCAGCACUUACUGGGACUGUACGAUACUGCUGGACAAGAGGAUUACAACCAGCUGCGGCCCCUCUCUUACCCCAACACAGAUGUCUUUCUUAUCUGCUUCUCUGUCGUGAAUCCAGCUUCCUAUCACAAUGUGCAGGAGGAAUGGGUUCCUGAGCUCAAAUCCUGCAUGCCUCAUGUGCCCUACAUCCUCAUCGGGACACAGAUUGACUUGCGAGAUGACCCAAAGACACUGGCACGUCUGCUCCAGAUGAAGGAGAAGCCACUGACCUAUGAGCAAGGCCUCAAACUAGCCAGAGAGAUUGGAGCCCAGUGCUAUCUGGAAUGUUCGGCACUGACUCAGAAGGGACUAAAGACAGUAUUUGAUGAGGCCAUCCUGACAAUCUUCAGCCCAAAGAAACAAAAACGGGGCUGUGCGGCCUGCAGGGGCUGUUGUGCUAUCAUGUGAGGAUAAAACAUCUCCAACUGUGAACACCCACUCUCCUUCAAAGCUUUGAGCAGAGUAACAGACCCUAACCCGCCUCCAGUCUGCUGUACAUCCUUCCUUUGCCCUCGGUUUGUAUGUCUUGUGGAGAGCUACACUGUCCAAAACAAGUGCCUAAACUUCCCCCCCGCAUUGCCUUACAGGAUCCGCUUCUCAAGCCAAAGAAGUCUCAGACGGGACAGCGGUUUCUUGAACCAACGUGGCGCGACAUCGCCAAUCUCCAAUCCAACAUUUCAGAUUCAGCUCUGAGCCAUUGGAUUUUUAUAUAUAUAUAUAUAUAUAUAUAUAUAUAUAUAUAUAUAUAUAUGUAUAUAUAAUAUGGUUUCUCGAGGUUUAUGAAAAAACGAAAAUCCAUUCCUCCGAACAAGCUGGAUUUCUCUCGGUCACCUCAAAUCAAUAUUGCACUCUUUCUAGAGUCAGUGCUUCAUCAGUUUGAGCUAGUUAAUAAGGGAUGGCCAACUUAUCAAUAGAGGUAGAGCAGACACAAAAAGAGAGAGGAAUGCAUCUUUGGGUCAUUUAAAAUUAACAAUACUGAUAAACCGCUAUGGUACUAGACAGUCAAAGAAACAUAAAAUAAUGUUAUUCAUCAAAAAGAGUGACAAUCAAGCACACUGUGUGGAGACUGAAAUUAGGAUAAAGGGAAAUGUAUCUCGUGACAACAUUAUCCCAUGAUUCAUUUAUAUUUCCUUGGGUUUUCAAACUGAGAUGCCCUGAAGUUUACUUAGUCAGAUUUCUGUGAGCCAUCAGACCUUUAUACAGUGUAGGUGUAGAACAAUGAUGCCAUAAAAUGGUGCUGUAAUUGUUAUAUUUUUCCUAAGCAUUACAUUAUGAUUUUUGAAGGGGCCUGUAUUUUGUCUUCUCAAAUGAUUCUGCCUACACACAUUUAAAAUUCCUCUAUUAAAAAUGAGCCGAUGGUGGACUAAAAGUACAGAGGAGUGUAUGUGCCACUUAAAAUAAAAUGAAGAAAUCAAUCACCAAUGUAUUCAUUCAAAAACUUAAUAAUUUUGAAUGCAAUAUAACCUCGAAGUUAACAUUACUAGUCUCAGCCUCAGACAUCACAUUCAUGAAACUGUGGACCUGAAUAAGGCUCACAAAAAGGGAAAGUCGACAUCCGAUUGGUUAAAUUCUGCAGGAUUUCCACAUUUAAUGGUCCAUCUGGAAACAAAACCAUUUACAAGACAAAUAAAAGCUGUAAAAAUGUCACGAGGGGAUAUUGUUGGUGUAUUGCAUGUUGUAGAAUAACAUGGGAAAAUAUUUUGAGCUUGUGUCCACCGCAGACCUUAUAUGAGGCAUUAAAACAAAAAAACUGUUCAACAUUUGCCUACAAAAACACAUCAUCCCUGCAGCACUGUAUUACUGUGAUGAUUUACAGUUAACAUUUUAAACAUUAAAUGUAAAAGAUCUUAUCAUUUAUAUAUAUAUUAUAUAUAUAUAUAUAUAUAUAUAAUUUUUUUUUAAGUGGCACUCAGUCCUCUUAAGUGAUCUGAUUCUGUGAAAAAAAAAAAACAUUAUAUCACCCUAUCACUCUCUAUUUCAGCUGACGUACUAGUGUAUUUACUUUGGACCAGGCUUAUACAUUGUCUAACGGCUCAGUUUUGCCUGUGGCUGAAGCAGCCCCCUCAUUUUCCCUUUUAAAGAUCAGCUCAGACACAAAUGGCUUUGUCCUUCGGACUUGUUUUUUUUCCUCAGGCAUGUAGUGUGGUCAUGCUGUAAACUGCACAGCUGAUCAUGGACUCUCAGCAGUCCCACCCUAAAUAUGUGGCCUUUUCAAAGUCCCUACUGUGUUUUUGGUACAAGUGUCAAAUAAUAUGGAAAAUAAUAUGUGUAACCCUUAAAUUUUUGUAUUGGACAUGUGUUGAACAAUGUAUAGGUAAACCAACAGUUUAAGCUUCCAUAGUCACAUACCAAACAAUGUCCUGUGAGUACUUGUAGUUCUCAGACCACCAUGUUAUGGACACCAGAACUGGUACUGAUUACUUCUGAUUGCUCUUCACAUCAGUCGUUCCUUAGUUUGACCUCAGGGAUCGGAGCCCGCAAGGUGCUAGAGACCAUCCUCUGGCAGAGGAAUCAAGCCUGCUCCACAGAGACGAAGAAUGAGCCGUCAUUCACUUGCCUUUAAAUGUAGCAUAGUUUGUUUUUUCACUCAGUUUAAUUAAGUGCACUUAAGACACUGUGCCUUGCAUUGUCCCAUGCAAUAGUUUAUAUACUGUAAUGCUAAUGAGAAGACCAGUAUUCAGUCACUGGUUGAAAGCUAUAACUUGAACUGUAAACUUAUAUCUAAUAUUUUUAAGUCUUUCGUGUAUUGAUUUAUAUGCUUAAGAAACAUGACAGCUUUAUGCCAAAACUAAAAAUGUGUUGUAAAUAUACACAGAGUGAUUAAAGCUUGUGGUAAAACUUUAGAA